ACACCCAGCUGGAUCAUAGGUUCGGAGUACAACUUUGAAGUCUCAGCAUGAAGGAGACUGAGAACCAGACUGUUCCUCUCAAUUCUACAAGCCCUGGAGAUACCUCUCAUACUUCUACUUCGGACUCUAAAGACCCCCAGGACACCAUGCAACUUAAAAAGGAAAUUUCAUUGCUUAAUGGGGUCAGCCUCAUUGUGGGCAAUAUGAUUGGCUCAGGAAUUUUUGUGUCACCCAAGGGUGUGCUUAUUUACUCUGCUUCUUAUGGCCUGUCUCUAAUACUUUGGUCUUUGGGGGGCAUCUUCUCAGUUAUCGGGGCCCUUUGCUACGCAGAGCUGGGUACUACCAUCAAAAAAUCUGGAGCAAGCUAUGCUUACAUACUUGAAGCCUUUGGUGACUUUGUUGCCUUUAUCAGACUGUGGACCUCUCUACUCAUCAUCGAACCCACAAGCCAAGCUGUCAUCGCUAUUACCUUCGCAAAUUACCUGGUGCAGCCCGUCUUUCCAUCUUGUUACCCGCCUUAUAUGGCAUCCAGGUUGAUUGCUGCUGCUUGCGUGUGUCUCAUCACAUUUAUAAACUGUGCGUAUGUAAAAUGGGGGACAAGGGUGCAGGAUCUUUUCACCUAUGCAAAGGUCAUUGCAUUAAUUGCUAUUAUCAUAACUGGCAUUGUCAAGCUCUCUCAAGGACAAACAGAGAACUUUGAGGAUUCAUUUGCAGGGUCAUCAUGGGACGCCGGUGAGAUCUCUUUAGGACUGUACUCUGCUCUUUUCUCUUAUUCGGGUUGGGACACGUUGAAUUUUGUAACAGAAGAAAUUAAGAACCCAGAAAGGAAUCUACCGUUGUCCAUUGGGAUUUCCAUGCCACUCGUCACCAUUAUAUAUAUUUUGACAAAUGUAGCUUAUUAUACUGUUUUAGAUUUCAACGCUGUUGUUGCAAGUGAAGCAGUUGCAGUGACCUUCGCUGACAUGGUAUAUGGAGUUUUCAGCUGGACAAUACCUGUGGCUGUGGCACUUUCCUGUUUUGGUGGACUUAACUCCUCCAUUCUAGCUGCCUCCAGGCUGUUCUUUGUGGGUGCGAGGGAGGGACAUCUGCCUGACAUGCUGUGUUUGAUCCAUCAAGAGAGGUUUACUCCUGUGCCUGCACUGCUGUUUAAUUGUGUUGCUACCCUUAUCUAUUUGGCUGUGAAAGAUGUCUUCCAGCUUAUCAACUAUUACAGUUUCAGCUAUUGGUUCUUUGUUGGACUGUCUAUAGCUGGUCAGAUUUAUCUGCGCAUUAAAAAGCCUGAACUACCACGACCAGUCAAGCUCAGCUUGUUUUACCCCAUCGUAUUUUGCCUGUGUACGGUCUUUCUGGUGAUUGUUCCACUAUACAGUGAUACUGUGAAUUCUCUUAUCGGGAUUGGCAUAGCCUUGUCUGGGAUUCCUGUCUACUUCAUGGGAAUCUAUCUCCCUGAAUCUAAAAGGCCUCCUUUCAUCAGCAGGGUCUUAGCUUUUCUCACACGGAGGACUCAGAUGAUUUUCAACUGUGUUCUGACAGAGAUGGAUCCUAUAGAUGAAAAGAAACAAAAUCAAACUGAAAAUAGAAAGGUGCAAUGAAUAAAUGUAGAUUCUCUUAAGCAGAAUGAAAAGAGCUAGCUGCAAAAAUAAGGUUCUUGGCUCUUGUUACGUCUCCCCAGAUAAGCUCGGAUUGGUACACACUCCUUUUCUCUCAAAAUUUCAUUACCAUUUUGCCGAAAACAGAAAAAAAAAAAAUCUUCCAUGUGCUUAAUCACAAAGCAUUCUUCUUUUUUUUUUUUUUUUUUUAUAAACCAAAGGCACUACCAUUUCUACAAGACUGCAAUCUGUUGCAACUCUUACCUAUCCAAUGAACAGUAUUUACACUGGUGUUCUUUCAGUUCAGUUACUUGCCAAAUGGUGGAAUUCUAUUAUAACUAUAUUUGUGUUGCACAGAGUAAAAUCUCAGUUUUGCCCUCAGUCACAGGAAAGAGUUCCUGUCAGCAUUGUUUUGUGAUGUUUUUAGUUUUGAAAAGGUUUUUAUUUUAGAAGCUAAAAUUCCAGUGAACUAUCUAUGCAAAUUGUUUCAAUUUAGAGCAUUCUGUUCUAGCAUAUAAUAUUCCAACAGUAUCUGUUGUUUAGAAGUUUUUUUUUCUGUUUUUUACUUACAUUCUAUUUGUUUAAAGUUUGUGAACAAAUUCUAGGCAAUAUAGUCUAACUGGUGUUGAGGUACUGGUAAGCUCCAGGGCAAGUUUGCAACACUCCCUCAACUUAAAGAAUGUACUGGCAGUUUAGGUUUCACAGCUACUGAAAGGGUGAAGUUUGUUCAUACCUAUAUUAUAUAUAAUUUUUUUUUUUGGUGUGAAUGUCGGUGCAUAGUAUCUGUGCUAAAAAAACACAUUCUGUUGCCCCUUAGUUAUUUGAAUAGUUAAUUUAGGGGAAGGCGCAACUUGCCUGCAAUAAACUAUGGAUAUGUGCCCAA